AUGGCUUCACUCUUCUGUCUGCUCUACGCUGUGUGCUGGGCGUUUGGGCCGUGCUGCGGCGUCAGCUCACCUGAGUGGUUCCAAAACAUCUCCACAAACCUCUUCAACUUUCCUGGAGACGUAAACCUCGGUGGACUUUUUCCCAUCAACCAGCAACUGGACAACGUCACACUCAUUAGUGAACCAAACAGCAUCAAGUGUGAAAGUUUGAAUGACUAUGGACUGGGCCUCGCUCUAGUGAUGAAAUAUGCCGUGGAUGAGAUCAACGGAAAACAGGAUCUGCUCCCAGGCGUCAAGUUAGGUUAUAGAAUCUAUGACACCUGCAAACACUCCUCCAUCAUUGUGAAGCCUACUAUCUCCUUCCUCACUGAAAAAACAAGCGACGCUCUUGCUGUGGAGUGUAAUUACACGGAUUAUGAAACCAGCAUAUCGGCCGUCAUUGGUCCUUAUACCUCGGAAAUGGUGUCAGUCAUCGGAAAACUUCUGGGUUUCUUUCUGAUGCCGCAGAUUAGCUACGGUGCCACCAGUGACAAAUUCAGCGAUAAUCUUCUUUACCCAUCAUUCUUCCGCACAGUGCCCAGCGACAAAUGGCAAGUAGACGCCAUGGUGCAUCUCAUGAAUAGGUUUAACUGGACUUGGGUCGCAGUGAUAGGCAGUGAGGAGGAGUAUGGACAGCGAGGCGUGCAGCUGUUCUCCAAAGUAGCAGAGAACAUGUCUGUGUGUGUGGCCUAUCAGGCCCUGAUCCCUGUGUACAGUGACCCCGAAGGAGCAAUCACGACCAUCAUUGAAAAUAUCAAAACGACCGAGGUCAAAGUGGUGAUCGUGUUCGCCCUACGAGAUGCGGCUGUGUCCUUUUUUAAACAGGUCAUCAAGAAUAAUUUGACAGGCGUGUGGAUCGCCAGCUCAAGCUGGGCCAUCCAGAAUCAGCUGAUCAACCUCCCCAACAUCAAAAAUGUUGGCACAAUCAUUGGAUUUGUUGACAAGUUGGAUACGCUGGACUUACUAACUAACUACACAGAAGCACUCUUCACAAAAAUUAGUCAGGAGAAGGAAAAUAAGCACAAUACAGUGCAAAGCCCUGGUUACCCUGACAAUCCCUGCCCACAGUGCUGGAACCUGUCACCUGCUAACGUCACCUUGGUGAACGACCGAGGAGUGAGGAGACUGGGCUUUGCAGUGUAUUCUGCCGUCUACAGCGCAGCACAGGCUAUACAUACAUUACUUGACUGUAAUUCAGCUGCUUGUAAUUGGGAACCAGACAAAAAGAUCUAUCCCUGGAAGGUAAUAUUUGUUUAAAGGCCCAUAGUUAUAAUCAUGGUUUAAAGCUGAGCUUAAUCUUUUUUUUUUUUUUUUAUAAAUGUUUAAAUUAUUCUCAUUUCGCAGCUUUUGGAGGUUAUGAGGAA